UCUCCAGUUGUAGGACUGGCCCUCGCCAGCUGCAACGUGCUCCAGUUUGGAGCGAUGAUUAAGCACAAGACCGGGAAAUCUCUGCUGUCUUACAAUGGUUACAGCUGUUAUUGCGGCUUGGGGGGAUCCAAAAAGCCCCUGGAUGCCACCAACAAGUGCUGCCAUGCCCACAAUUGCUGCUAUAAGAAGUUGGCUUCCUCACACUGCAGUCCCAAAGCGGUCACCUACAAAUACUUCCUCCGGGGAAGCCGAAUAACCUGCGGAACCGGGAACCAGUGCCAAACAGCAACCUGUGCAUGCGACAAGAAGGCAGCUGAGUGUUUCCAGAGGGCAGCUGGGACCUACCACAAUUCUUACAAGAAUUAUCCCAACUUUAAGUGCAAGGGCCGAGCACCCUCCUGCUAAACACACCAGGGUCAAAACCUGACAGAGUCCAUGGAAAUGGUGGGGGUUCUGCAUUCCCUGCAGCCAGGCGGGACACGGCAGAGCCCUGCGGCACCAAAAAGGUGUCCAGCACCUUUCCCUGGAGUCAGUGCACCCGGAAAACCUGCUCCCCAUGAUUAAACAACUCAUAAAAAUGGAAACCCUGCAAAUAAAGAUAUAU